CAGUGGUAGCAGUGAUACUAGUGGUAGUGCCCUUGUGUUUCAUUAGCAGUGGUGUCUCCACCAGACUGUUCCUGUAAGUGGCUUUGGCUGUGGUACUGACUUGCUAGCCUGCUUGGUACCUGCCCAUUUUCAGAGCCUAGAUUCUCCAGACCUUCUGUUGAAUCUGUGAGGUUACCCAGUGUUGUUUCUUUUUUGUUUGAAGGAACCCAGGGAGGUUGCUGUUACUUGCAGAAUCCUAACUCAUACCACCUAGUGCCUCAUUUGCAUUAAACUUUAUAUAGUUCUCCCAAACUGACCGCGGUUGUCUCCACCUCUGGGCUUUCUCACAUGCUGUUCUAUCUGGAACACCCUUUACUCCAUUCUUCAUCUGUUGGUCUCUUGAUGGUUCUUCAUGACUCAGCUCUGUUGUCAUGUUACUUUUUCUAUAAAUCUCAAGGUCAGGCUUGCUUCUCAGUGUUCCAGCAGAAUCCUCUGCUUACCUCAUACUGUAUUAUAAUUGUCUCUAUGUUAUGUAUCUUUGCAUAGUCCCUGGCAGUUAAUAAUUACCAUCUAAAUUUUAUUUGUUGAAUGAGUGAGAAACUCUGUUGAAUUAGUGUUAUAUAAAAAUCCAUCUAUUUGCAUAUCUGUUUUCCCGCAUUAAGCUGUGAGUUUUCUAAGAGCAGAGACCAAGUUCUUCUUCAUCUUUAUAAUCUUAAUUUAUAGCUCAGACUCAUAGUACAUGCUGAGGGAAUUCUGAGUGAAUGAACAAGUGAGUGAAUGGCAGGACUGUCUUUUUAGAAUUUCAGGUAAAACCAGAUUCUACGCCAAAGAAAGUAUCUUUUUGACCUUAUGGGUGAAGACGAGGUAUCUACAUAUGCGUCAUAUUGAGUAACUGACAUCCUCAGCUCCUUCUUUGUACCAGGAGUCGGUAGUCUAUUUGGAAAGAUGAUAUAUACACAUAAAAAAAAAACUAGGUUACAAGCCAGUAUUUUAUGUGCCAAUUGAGUGACAUGGACAGAUGCAGCUUAAGUGUCAGGCUAAAUAUAACAUUAUUACUUGAGCCAUUGAAAGUGUGGUACUGUCAUGGAUUGGAUUGUGUCCCCCAAAAAUAUUUGUCAACUUGGCAAGGCCAUGAUUCCCAGUAUUGUGUGGUUGUCUUCCAUUUUGUGAUCUGAUGUAAUUGUCCUACCCAGACCCUUGUCCUGUGUGUUGGAAAUCUGAUAUAAAGGGAGUUUCCCUGUGGUGUGGCCUGCAUUGCCUUUUAUCUUACAAGAAAUUAAAGGAGAGAGAAGCCAGCAGAGAGAGAGGGACCUACUAUCACCAAGAAAGAAUAGCUGGGAGUGGAGCAUGUCCUUUGGACUUGGAGUUGCUGUGCUGAGAAUCUCCUAGACCCAGGGGAAGAUUGAUGCCAAGCCACAUGGAGAUUCCCAAGGAAUGGUGGGCCCAUAGAUGUUGAAAGGAGACAAGGACCUUAGAGAGAGAGAGCCUUCUCCUAGAGCUGGUGCUCUGAGUUUGAACUUCUGUCCUCCUAAACGGUCCAAGACAACUUUGACAAAAUUGAAUUCAACAGGAUGUGUUGGACCCUCUGUGUCAAAAAAAACCUCACAAAGAGCCCCCUGCUUAUUACCGAAGAAGAUGCAUUUAAAGUAUGGGUUAUUUUCAACUUUUUAUCUGAGGACAAGUAUCCAUUAAUUAUUGUGCCGGAAGAGAUUGAAUACCUGCUUAAGAAACUUACAGAAGCUAUGGGAGGAGGUUGGCAGCAAGAACAAUUUGAGGAUUAUAAACUCAACUUUGAUGACAGUAAGGACGGGCUUUCAGCGUGGGAACUAAUUGAACUUAUUGGGAAUGGACACUUUAGCAAAGGCAUGGAUCGGCAGACGGUGUCUAUGGCGAUUAGCGAAGUCUUUAGUGAGCUUAUAUUAGAUGUGUUGAAACAGGGUUACAUGAUGAAAAAAGGCCAUAGACGGAAAAACUGGACCGAACGCUGGUUUGUGCUAAAACCCAACAUAAUCUCUUAUUAUGUGAGUGAGGAUCUGAAGGACAAGAAAGGAGAUAUUCUCUUGGAUGAAAAUUGCUGUGUAGAGUCCUUGCCUGACAAAGAUGGAAAGAAAUGUCUUUUUCUCAUUAAAUGUUUUGAUAAGACCUUUGAAAUCAGUGCCUCGGAUAAGAAGAAGAAACAGGAGUGGAUUCAAGCCAUUCAUUCUACUAUUCAUCUGUUGAAGCUUGGCAGCCCCCCACCACACAAAGAAGCCCGCCAGCGUCGGAAAGAACUCCGGAAGAAGCUGCUGGCUGAGCAGGAGGAGCUGGAGCGACAGAUGAAGGAGCUCCAGGCUGCCAACGAAAACAAGCAGCAGGAGCUGGAGACUGUGAGAAAGAAACUGGAAGAAGCAGCAUCUCGUGCAGCAGAAGAAGAAAAGAAACGCCUUCAGACUCAAGUGGAACUGCAGGCCAGGUUCAGCACAGAACUGGAGCGGGAGAAGCAUAUCAGACAGCAGAUGGAAGAAGAGGUUGCCCAAAAAUCCUCGGAACUGGAACAGUAUUUGCAGCGAGUACGGGAGCUGGAAGACAUGUACCUAAAGCUGCAGGAGGCUCUUGAGGAUGAGAGACAGGCCCGGCAAGAUGAAGAGACUGUGAGGAAGCUUCAGGCCAGGUUGCUGGAAGAAGAGUCUUCCAAAAGGGCUGAACUAGAAAAGUGGCACCUGGAGCAGCAGCAGACCAUUCAGACGACUGAAGCAGAGAAGCAGGAACUGGAGAACCAGCGCAUUAUGAAAGAGCAAGCCCUGCAGGAAGCCAUGAAGCAGCUGGAACAGCUCGAGUUAGAGCGGAAACAAGCACUUGAGCAGUAUGAGGGAGUUAAAAAGAAGCUGGAGAUGGCAACAAGUAAGACCAAGAGCUGGAAGGACAAAGUGGCCCAACAUGAAGGAUUAAUUCGGUUGAUAGAACCAGGUUCAAAAAACCCUCACCUGAUCACUAACUGGGGACCUGCAGCUUUCACCCAGGCAGAACUUGAAGAGAGAGAGAAGAACUGGAAAGAAAAAAAGACCACCGACUAACUGAGCACGGCAGGAGGAGCAUCAGUCGUGUAGAUGCCAAGUGUAGCUGGAAAGCUUUAUGCUAAACGCAAAAAAAGAAAUGGCUUUGCUGCUUUUAGCUUUUCUUCCUUCAGUGCCUCCAACUGGGUGAAUAUACUAAGGAAGCCUUCUUAUUUAUCUUCUUGCAAAAAGGACCUUAUGGGGGGGGCGAGGGAGUCAAUAUUGUCAAGCUCUUUACUCUUUCUUUGAAAACUCAGCUUCUGAAAAUUACCUUUCAGUCAGCUCUCACCGAUUCUUUUUGGAAUGAGGCAGCAUGGGAGCCCCACAGCCCACUCCCAUUCUGUGCUCUGUGGAGGGGCUGGGGGAUAAGUUCUCCAUAUCGCUGACUAAUGGGAACCUCUUUAGACGGGAUGUCAGUUAUUUCCUUUGGCAGCAUGUUUCCUUCUCCAAAUGUGUGUUUUUAAACUGGAGUGUCUGCCAUUCCAUGCCAUUUGCCGGACUGCUGUUGGCAUUGGUGCUCUGGAAGAGAAGUCACGGAGUCACUACCAUUUCCUGGCUUCCCUUCUGGGAUGUGAUCUGGUUAGUGAAGGUUUUCUAGCUCUUACGACAUUUCUUUUGUAAGCCAUCAUACAUGUAGCGGGUAUCAUUUCCAUCUCCUUUCCUUUCACCUCAAAGAAAAACGUCCAUUUGGCUCAUACUUUCAACCUAAUUCUCUCUCUUUAGUGUGAGAGGCAUGUACCGUCGUUGCCUAAGUACAUGCUGGUAGUGAGAGGAUUAUGUUGAGUAGUUGUUGUCAGCUAGUUAGUGGCCUAUCAUCAUAUUAGCCAAGUUAUGAUGUUAGCUUUUGUUAGGUGGGCAGCUUUUCUGCUUUUUCUAUCUUCUAUGGGUGGUGGUGGAGGAAAUAGCUAGUAAAAACAAGUUUAACAGGGAGUUUGGGACAGGGCUUCGAACUGGUUCAUUCUGGGAUGAACAAGUUCAGAGCCGUGGUAUGUGAUCAUAGUUUCUACGCAUCUGACUUGAAAGGCAUCUUGGGGGAGGUUUUUCUGGUCUGUCUUGGGAUUGAAAAUAAUUUUUAUGAAAUCAAGCCUUCCAACAGUGAUUAUAAUUUAUAAACAGCAGUAACUGCAUGGGUUCUGAUGCAGUGAUGCUUAAAAUUGUAAAUAAAUAUGGUGAUGAUUCAGUUGUUGCAAAAAGGAAAGAAUUCAGUGGGAGGGUUGACGUCCCUCUCUCUCUACAAGUAUCAAAUGAGGACAGAAGAACCUCCUGCGUUCUUACUGUAAUGCUUGCAGUGAUCUCAAGAAGAUGUACACAUCUAGAAUAAUACUGUUUUGGAAAUUUCAGUGUAUGUAUUUAUUUACAAGAGAGGAAGUUACAACGUAAUACCAUAAAUUAUCACCUUUUAUGAUGGGAAAAUAUUUGCCAAUGAAAUGACCUUUAGGAAUUUGUCUUAAGGUUUUUGGCUUUUUAAUAAAAAUGUAAUUUUUAUUUAAUGAUCUCUUAGAGGUACCUUUAUAAAAUGUAGGUUAUUAUUACCUGAAAUGUCUUUGUAUCAUGUGCCUUGGAAAUUUCUCAGCUAAUUUAGAGGUUAGCCACUUAGCAGCAUUAUCCUUUUAUUCAGUAGCUGUCAGUAGACCAGUGAGACCUUGAUGAGGAAUGGAACCCUCCCUGUGUUGGUUAUGCAUCACAGCGGGGACUCCAGUAUCCCUCAUAAAGAAUGAGGAGAGGAUACUUUACAAAGAUGGAGCUGAAACAGUGUGGGCUGGGGAGCCCAAGCACUGGUGUCUGGGGGAAGAGUGGUGUCUGGGGGAACAGCCAUGGUGGGAUAUGUGUAUUUCUUCUUGUGGGAAGUGGUAUAGUAGGCCAUGCGCCUUUGCAGAUUCCCCUCCUUAAACCUGGCAUGUCCUACAGCUACAUCUGAAAACAGGAGCUGGGCUUAGCUGUUCCACCCUCGGCUCCACGGACCACUCUGCCUGGGCUGGGGCUGCCAGCCUGAGGACGACCUGCUUUCCAGCCACAUUUGGACCUUGACCAAGUACAUACAAUAUAUGGAUGUGGUUGUGUAGAAGAUUUCUGUGUAAUGCAGAGCAUUACCAAUUUAUAUCCUGGCUUCAGUAGCACAAACUCAAGGAGGCAAAAAUCCUUUCAAACAAUGUUCUGGUUCGGAUAGAUACUUACCAUCAAAGACAGCACAGACAUCCGAUUUGGAAUGAUGUUUUGAUACUAACUGAAUUCUCCUAAUGUUUGAAAUAGUUUCAGCUGGUAUCAGCUGUCAAAAUGCUGACAGAGCCCUCGGUUUUGCUUUUGUAAUUACUGUACAGGAAUGUGUGAACAUCCUAAUCGGGCUUUUUCCUUCAUAAGUAGGGAUAUGAUCAUUUAUAGGAAUUAUACAUAAAAAAAAGUUGGAAAUGUAUUUUUGUGAUGUGCUGUGUUGAAAAGAAACAAUGUAUUUAUAAGCUUCAAACCUACUUAUCUAAACAUUGUACAAUGUAAUAUGCUCAACUUUAAUUUUUUGCUAAUUUUUCUAAGACAUAUUAAAAAUGUUUUGUAUUUUUUUUUUUUUUUAAGUAAAACGCACCUAGUAAGAAAAUAAAAAAUACCAGAACAACAUACAUUUUAAACUGUCUGGUUUAAUAAAGCAACGAGGUAAA